AUGAAGCUUCAUCAGGUCGUCGCUGUCCUCAGCUUCAUUGCUGCCGGCGCCUCUGCCACCCCUGAAGGCUAUGGUGACAAGGACAAAGACGUCAAAUACGGCAACAAUUACGGCAACAAGUACGGCAACAACUACGGCAACAAGUACGGAAACAACUACGGCAACAAGUACGGCAACAACUAUGGCGACAAGUAUGGCCAUGACAAGGAUGGCAAGGACGGCAAGGACGGCAAGGACGGCUAUGGCAAGGACCACAACAAGGACGGCAAAGACAAGUACGGCAAGGAUGGCCAUGACAAGGACGGCCAUGACAAGGACGGCAAGGACGGCUAUGGCAAGGACGGCUAUGGCAAGGACGGCUAUGGCAAAGACGGCCAUGACAAGUACGGCCACGGAAAGGAUGGCUACGGCAAGGACGGCUAUGGCAAGGACGGCUAUGGCAAGGACGGCAAGGACAAGUACGGCCACGGAAAGGAUGGCUACGGCAAGGACGGCUAUGGCAAGGACGGCAAGGACAAGUACGGCCACGGAAAGGAUGGCUACGGCAAGGAUGGCGACAAGUACGGUCAUGGCAAGGGCGGCUAUGGCUACGGCCACGGCAAGGACAAGUGCAAGACCUACGAGUGGGACAUUGGCCGCUGCAACUGGUGCCCCUACAAGCCCUACCACCCCCGCGACUUGGAUGGCCUUGAGGCUCGUGGCGACUACGGUUACGGAAACGGCUACGGCUACGGCCACAAGACCUGCAAGAAGACCUGCCCCGACAACAAGAAGAAGUGCAAGAAGCAGUCCUGGGACUACUCCAAGCCUACUUACUCCGGCACCUUUGAGGAAUCUGUUACUUGUGAGGGUGGUGACUCUUACAAGGUGAAGGGCAAGAUCGCACCCUGCGGCGACUGGGGCAAGUAUGGCAGCAAGCAGUGCCUCUUUGUCGAGUACGCCGACUGGGACAAGUGGAGCGACAAGACAGCCUACCUGGGCAUCUACACCACCGAGACCCAGGGCCCCAAGUACAAGAAGAAGCUCAACUUCACCAAGGACUACUGCAAGGGCAACAAGUGCGUCGUCCCUCUCGACAAGUUCCCCGGAUGGCCCAAGCUCUGCGGCAAGAGCGUCUGGGUUGGCAUCGACGACGACCAGUGCAAGCCCAAGAAGGGUCACGGCUAUGGUGGCUAUGGCAAGGAUAAGUACGGCAAUGACAAGUACGGCAACAAGUACGGCCACGAUGAUGACAAGUACGGCAAGGACAAGGAUGGAAAGGACAAGUAUGGCCAUGAUGAUGACAAGUACGGCAAGGACAAGGAUGGCAAGAACAAGUAUGGCAACAACAACAACUACGGCAACGGAAACAAGGACAAGCGCGACAACGACGACAAGUACGGUAACAACAACAACAACUACGGAAACAACUACGGCAACAACAACUACGGCAACAACAACUACGGCAACAAGGACGGCAACAAGGACGGCAACAAGGACGGCAACAAGUAUGGCAACAACUACGGCAGCAACUACGGUAACCACUACGGUAACAACGACGACAACAACAACUACGGAACCGACCGAUAUGGCAGCCACGGCCGCAACUACGUCAAGUACAUCGAGCUUGACAUCACCUGCACCUACCCCAAGAAGUGCACUGCUUGGUGCUGCUGCGCUUAA